UCUGGGAUCACUGUCUGUAAUGUAGGCGACGUAAGCGUACGUCAGCCAUAAGAUAAAGGGAAAGUUCCCUUUUGUGAUUAAGUGAUUAGUUUUAUAUUUGUCUAUUAUGCAAUAACCUCAUUAGUAAUAAACGACAAAUAGUCGAAUGAAAAUUAAAGUUGCCUUUUGUCGUUUUGAAAUAAAUAGUGCUUUUGUGAUUGAAAUUUACAGUAUAUUGAAAACAUACAGUACAUAACAUAUUUUGCACAAAAUGAUGCAAUUUAUGUUGUUGUUCAGCCGUCAAGGUAAGCUACGCUUGCAAAAGUGGUAUGUCGCGCAUCCGGAUAAAUUGAAGAAGAAGAUUACGAGAGAAUUAAUUACGACAAUACUUGCCCGGAAACCAAAAAUGUCAAGCUUUUUAGAGUGGAAAGAUGUCAAAGUUGUUUAUAAAAGAUAUGCAAGUUUGUAUUUUUGUUGUGCAAUAGAACAAAAUGAUAAUGAAUUGCUCACUCUAGAAAUUAUACAUCGAUAUGUUGAAUUAUUGGAUAAAUACUUUGGUAGUGUAUGCGAGUUGGAUAUAAUUUUUAAUUAUGAAAAGGCAUACUAUAUAUUGGAUGAAUUAUUAGUUGGCGGAGAAAUACAAGAAACAAGCAAGAAGAAUGUAUUGAAAGCCAUUGCAGCUCAGGAUUUACUACAGGAGGAGGAGACCCCGCAAGGAUUUUUCGAAGAUCACGGAUUAGGAUAAUAUUUUUUCAGGAGUUACUUUUUCUUUCCAAUUGGCAAGACAUUCUAUAGAAAUGUCCUAUCAUUCCAGGAAAUUGAUUGCAUUUUAUGUGUAAGCUACUAUUUUACUUAAACUAUUAAGAAUGAAUAACGCACUAAAAAUCUUUUAGUAAAUGUUAUUUAUAUAUAUAUAUAUAUAUAAUAUUUAUUUUAAAUGUUAUGUAUAUAUAAAUAAUAUUUAUUUAACAAAUUUUAACAAGAAAUAUGUUAUUCUACGAUUAUCACUUUUCAAAGAUUUAAUUAAGUUAAAGAAUAGCGUAAUAUACGUAUUACUAAGUCACCAGUCAGUAUUUUCUAAAUUAGGUACAUUGCUUUUUUACAAGUAGCAAUGUUACAUAUCAGGUAAAGGAAGACUUGUCAAUGAAUUAUAUCAUCUAUAUUAAUUCAUUAUUAUAAUAUUUCAAGUUGUUUACGUUUUAUCUUUCAUGCUGAUCCAAUGACUGAUGAAUUAUUUGUAAAAUGUACUUAUUGUUGGAGAACCAUUAUUAUAUUGUUUAUACGAAUAAUUAAUGAUUACAUUUGAACAGACUGCUCUGUUGAACCUUGGGUGCACAAUUACAUUUAGUUAGACCGUGUAAACGUGUAUAUAAUAUAAUAUUCAAGUUAUACAGAUUUUAUGUUUACUCAACUAUUUAGUAUUAUACUGUUGCUAAUUACAGAAACGAAUUUAUAUCUAAGGCCAUUGUUAACGAUUUUCAUAGCAGUAAAUAACAGUUAUUAGCAGUAAAUAUCAGAUAUUUUCCAUUUGUAUGCUCCAUAAAAUGUAUAUUCCAAGUAUACAUCACAUUUUCCAUCACAUUGUCUCGUUAAUUCAUGUUAUAAUGUUCUCAUUAAAUUUUUCAUAUCCUUAAUCUAUUUGACGAACUAAGGAAAGGAAAAUAAUAUUGAAUUCUCUAACGUAUUGAAAAUAAUUAUUCGUAAGGAAUAGCACAAAUAUGGGUAUCAAAGAUUGCUUCUAAUUCAAAUAUUUAGGGUACAGGUAGCUCCUGCUCUAUGAAUUAUCGACAUUUCUUCAAAAC